CUGACAUUUUCAACAAACUACGGAGCGGAGGGAGCAGGAAGUUGGGCGCACACGGCAAAGAGGAAGGAAAGUCUUUGGGCGACCUAGCCUAGCUUGAACUUCAAUCAAAAAAGGAUCUCUUAACCCAUUGGAAAGCAUUUCCUCUACCCAGAUCUUCAACUCCAAGAAAACCUCUGACCACCUGAUUCAAUCGCUCAAUUCUUCAACCCUAUCUAAGAAAACCUUAACCUGUGCGCCAAUCGAAGAUCUAGCAGAGAGAUCGGAGGAAGGAAGGGAUGGCUUACGUGGACCACGCGUUCUCGAUAACGGACGAGGACAUAAUGAUGGAGACGUCUUAUGCGGUGAACGACAGGCCUCCCAUCAAGGAGAUCGCUCUCGCUGUCGCGCUCCUCGUCUUCGGUGCCUUCGGCAUCGUCAUCGGCCUCGUCAUGGCCUUCAACCACGUUGGCGGCGACCGUGCUCACGGGAUCUUCUUUGCAAUACUGGGUGCGAUCUUGUUCAUUCCAGGGUUUUACUAUACACGAAUUGCAUACUAUGCUUAUAAGGGAUACAAAGGCUUCUCUUUCUCCAACAUACCUCCUGUAUAAUGCACGAUUUAUCCAUAUUUCAAGCAGGCCUCCCACUCCUGUACAUAUCUUCCAGAGUUCUACUUUCUAGUUGACGAUGUGUAUUAGCUGCUAAUAGUUCUGAACAUGGGAGUAGUUUUUAGCUUUUUAUUGCAAUAUGUGGAAUUGUGUUUUGCCGUUGAUCAAUUGACGAUCUUGUGACCUAUGAAAUGUUAUGUAUAUGUUAUAUUUUGUACU